UCAUAAGUUCUGAAGGUCACCCAUUGUUGGGGACCUGGGUUUUAUAUAACUUUGAAGUUUGAACUGAAUUGGGGUCUAGUUGACUCACGUCAAGCCGAGUCGUAAUUGACAAGGGUUACCCAUUUUGGGCCUGGAUAGGCUGGGUUUAUAAUUAACUGGGGAAGUUAGUGGACUCAAGUCAAGCUGAGUCAUGAUUUAUAAGGAUUAUCCAUUGUAGACCUGGGUUUAUAUUUAUAAUUAAUUGGGGGUUACUUGACUCAAGCUGAGGACUCAUAAUGACUAACAAUAGAAAUCGUUAUAGAGAACUGCCCGGUGAACCACAGGCAGAGAGGGACAGGUGGACAACAAAUGAGGGGCUGUGACAAAUUGUUUCGGCGCAGUUUGACCAACUCAUCAGGUUGCCGAACCCUAAAUAAAUAGUUAUGGUUCAUAAAUUGUCUGCACUCAGCUUUGUCUUUUGAUGCAGCGCUCAUUCCGUGGACCUGGAUUUAUUCCGCCAUUGUCGCGAAGAGCCUGUUUCUCCUGUACCUAAAAGGUAUUCCACAUCUCUGGCCAGAGGGUCAGGCUUGGCAGGUGCCAUCAGGCACUGUUAAGGAUUUUUUUUUUCUUCCUUUCUUUACCCCUUAUUGAAGUUUAUUCUUUUUUGUUCCCUCGGUUGUGGUUUUGAAGGAGGAUGGUAGAUGGGGCCAUUGGGGGUUAUCUCAAAGGAGGUUAUUUAAAAGUGGGGGUUAUUUAAAAGUCAUUGGUAAACAGGAAGGGGAUAGAACAGAAAAGACUUUGUUUGGUAGACAGUAGCAUUCUGCAGCAGGCAAUUAUGAAUACCAUGUGCGGCUCGGCGGUUCAGCUGCACAAUUCUUAUUACCUUGGAGCCAGAGGCUGGGAACUUUAUUGUAGUGACAAUCGAAAUAGGUCUUCGGUGAGGCAGCCUCGUGGCAGGUCAGGUGUUCGAAGACUGCACCCUGCUUCUCUUUUAAGGUGGCAUUACGGCUGCAAUUCAGCUGAUGAUGUUGUGAGGGGUGCAAAUACUCAAAAGAAUAAUUCACUGAUGUGUUCACUCGAUCAACGCAAGUGGCGGAAAGGGGAAGACAGCUCUACAUGGCUGUGCAGAUCUAGCACGCAGGUUGAUGGUCUUACAAGUGUGUCGGGUUGGGAUGAGCAAGGGGGAGCUGUUGUGGAGGAAGCAGUCAAGGAGUUGACGACGGGGAAUGUCGGAGUCGUUAUCAAUAAAACUGGUCUUAAUUCGCGGCGUGUGGUUGCAAAAGUGCAUGUCCAAGCCCCCUUGCGCACGGUCUGGGACAUCUUGACAGACUACAGCCGACUAGGGGAAUUCUUCCCCAAUCUCGCCGUGAAUGAGCUGUUGGAACUACGACCAAAGGGUGCCCGUUUGCUGCAGGUUGGUGAGCAAGAUGUGGCCUUGGGAGUGAAAUUUCGAGCCAAAGCGGUGGUGGAUGUGGAGGAAGAUCUCUCAAUGGGAAAGCACGACAUCCAUUUUCGGAUAGUAGAAGGGGAUUUCCAGAUGUUUGAAGGUACCUGGAGAAUGGAAGAGGGAACAAGAUCAAAGGAUAGAGUCGAAGAGUUGUCUACGACUUUGGCCGCAGGGAGCACGGACUCCAAACCAGUGAUGGGAAGUGGCGACAAGGAACAGGAUGAAAGCCAGUCUAGAUACAGCGAUCAUGACCAAGCAUUUUAUGUGGGUGGAGACUGUGGUCUGAGAACCAUGUCGGAUUGUUCUUGACUUGUCCUGUUUCUCAAGCAAACAGAUACCAAACUGGUUCUCGCUCUGAGAGCCAGGACGUA